CUACGGAGCAAUUUACGAUGGAAGAGGCGAGAAAUUUUUUGUGAUUUGCGUGGUUCUAGCGCAAACUGUUCAUUUAAAUCAAUAGUUAUGGGUAGAUGACGAUGAAAUAUUUUUACCUGUCUGAUUGGAGGCAUGUCUAGCUCUAGUAAACGAGAGGAAAAUGAGGAGAAACUCUUGCAGUCGGCGCGUCGAGGUGAUUUGGACACUGUUCUUAGUUUGUUGCAAGCUAAAUCACCCGGAAAAAGUAGCUCUCGUUCAAAUCUUGAUGUGAACUGCAAAGGGAAAUCAAAAGCAAAUCAAGGCUGGACCCCUCUCCAUCUUGCAGCAUACUUUGGACAUUGUAAUGUUGUAAAAGCAUUGCUUGAGAAUGGAGCUGAUGUCAAUGCCAGAAAUGGAAUGGGAGACACUCCACUACACAGGGCUGCUUUCACUGGAAGAGCUGAUGUGGUCACAUUACUGAUUCAGUAUGAUGCAGAUGUUACCAUCAUCAAUGGAGAGGGUAGAAAAUCAAGCCAAGUCACCAAUAGUACAGAAGUGAAACAACUCAUCAAAGCUGCAGAAAGGAGUCUUCAGCUGAAAUUAGAGGAACAUUUGCUCACAGCUGCAAGGGAAGGUGAUACCUCAGAGCUGAAGAAACUGAUUGACAGUACACAUCCUCCAAACAUCAACUGCCAAGACAUGUUAGGAAACACUCCAUUGCAUUGUGCUGCAUACAGGGGACACAAAGUGAUUGCAGUCACACUUUUGCAGCAUGGGGCAGAUACCACUAUCAAAAACAGCAAUGGUAAGACGCCUUUGGAUUUAGCCACGAAUAAAAAAAUGAAGCAGCUCCUGGAUGUACAACCUCUGCAGAAACUCCACAAGGUGGUGUCAAGACAUGAAGGUGCUCUACUCAAGCGUUCUCGAUUCUUUGGGUGGAAGAAAUUUUGGGUUGUACUCGAGAGAGGCGUCCUUAGCUAUUUUAACAAGAGGUUCCCAAGGACGAGAAGCACAAAAUUAAAAUCCAUUAUUCAGAUAACACCGUUCAGAUCUGGAGCAUUCCGCAAAGUGAAAAAACUCCACAAGUUCAACGCCAGCGAUGGUUAAACUCGCUGCAUGAACACUGCGCCUACAGCACCUUUUACACGACUCAACCCACAGUGCUCAUUGAUGACCAGGAACAGGAUGUCAUACCGCUCGGGAGCAUGCAGGACUCGCUAAAGAGCGCUCGCGCCCAUCAGCAACUUCUCGACGAACAAGUUGGUGGAAUAAAUAAGACAAUUGCAGAGGUAACCAGCUCACACUCAUCGCAGUCAAACUCCAAAGGAAGCUUAGUGAAGAUCAGCGAGAAACUCAACGAGGUGGUAGCAACCGCUCGUAAUAUGUGUAACGCACUGACUCACUGUUUGGAUUUACUGUCGCAGCAAGAGGAGGUGCGUCAUCUCAGAUUUGAAGAAGAAGUAGAGAAGAGAAGAGUGCUCGAGGAUGCUCUUCACGUCUUGGCGACAGAACAUCAUGCUUUGGAGUGCUCAAUUGGAGCCCACGAGCAGUUCGUUCAUGGAAGUCGCAUGACCUUGACAAGUGAUUGUAACGAGGAGUUUUUCGAUGCGAGAUCGGACGUAGGCUGCCCUCUUCCUGACGACUUGCUCUCGGAUGACGACAGUGAUGAUGGUGACGAGUACGUACCGAGUGUAGCAACCCUUGAAGCAGCGGGGCAAGAGAUUGAACACAAUCACGUCGAAACAAAUAUUGUCGUGCCUAACGCUAGUACCAAUAGUAAUAAUAUUAAGAGAGCAACUUCUGGAGGAAAGCUGGGAAAUUUGAACAGACUUUCGUUGACGAGAAGUACGUCUGAUACAAACAUUGCAGCCAAAUCGGAAAGUAGGCAUUUGUUAGACUCUGAAGGUCUGCAAAAGUCGAAAUCUGCCUCCACUGACAUGGAGCAAUCAGCGACGCUGUAUAGAAAACAAGAGGCGGAGAAGAAAGCGAAUGGGGAAGUGCGCCACAGAACCGCCCUGCCUGUAGCUAUGCUUUCAAGAAAUGAAUUCAGCGUAUGGGCAGUACUUAGACAAUGUAUAGGAAAGGAUUUGUCAAGAAUUACAAUGCCAGUAAUCUUCAAUGAGCCGCUGACCUUUCUUCAGCGUGUGGCAGAGUACAUGGAAUAUGUAAACCUACUUCAUACAGCCUCGAGUUUAGACGAUCCACUGCUGCGAAUGCAGUAUGUUUGUGCGUUUGCAAUAUCAGCCACUGCAUCGAAUUUAGACAGAGUAGGAAAACCUUUCAAUCCACUUCUUGGAGAAACCUAUGAACUUGUCCGAGAAGACAUGGGUUUCAAACUUGUAGCUGAACAGGUUAGUCAUCACCCUCCUGUUAGUGCAGUACAAGUUGAAAGUGAAGACUUCGUGUUCCAUGUAACAGUUCAACCCAAGCUCAAGUUCUGGGGUAAAGGAGUUGAAAUUCAACCCAAAGGCAUGGUCACGCUCAAGUUUCCGAAACGCAAUGAAGUUUACACGUGGAAUAACGUCAAUAGUUGUGUUCACAAUAUCAUUGUUGGACAGCUUUGGAUUGAACAAUUUGGUCAAAUAGAAAUUACUAACCACACAACAGGAGAUUACGGCAUGAUCCAUUUUAAACCUGGUGGAUGGUUUGGUAAAGAACUCAACAAGGUGGAGGGCUCCAUUUUCUCCGCGGACAAGAGGAAACGGUUCAUUCUGCGGGGAGACUGGACGGAUUGUAUCCAGUGCUUUACAGUGGAUAAAAUCACAAGGAAGGAAUCAAAACGAGAAACCAAGAGACGGCGGUCAGAUGGCAGCGAAAACAGCUUUGCAUCUGCCACUUCUCUGGAGAGUUUCAGUAGCGGUAGUAGCGGGGGAAGCGUCAGUGUGGACACAUCGGUUCCCAAGACGCUCUGGAGAUUUCAAGAGCGACCUCCUAAUAGUAAACAGAUGUACAAUUUCACAACAUAUGCGAUGCAGUUAAACGAACUCCACGAAGAAGACAAAGCUACGUUACCACCGACAGAUUCAAGGCUUAGACCUGAUUGUCGUGCGCUGGAAAACGGCGAUCUAGAUACAGCUACUAUGGAAAAAAUACGACUAGAGGAAAAGCAAAGAGCAGCUAGAAAAGAAAGACAGAAACAUGAGCGCUGGAUUCCUAGGUGGUUCAAAGAAGACAUAAAUCCAUACACGGAACAGAUGGACUGGAUAUUUACUGGAACAUACUGGAAUAGAGAUUGGAAAAUGUGUCCGGACAUCUUUUAAAUUUCCCUUCCUUAGGUCUUAUCAGAUAUUAAAAUUGAUCCGACUUUUACAGGCAGUUUUUCCAAAACGGUAGAGAUUAAGAUAAAAUGUGUGAUCCGCGCAAGGUGCAAAAUUGUUUGCACGAGUCUUGCGGGACGGUUAAUUUGGAAGAGCUUCGCGUGAUGGUUAAUUCGGUUGAUUCUUGCGUGACGUAUCGUACAUGUUCAACCGCAGAAUAGAGUAUCACGCAACGUUCUAGGUUGCCAAACACGAUGCUCGAGCUUCGUGAGUAAAUUUCUUCCAAUUUUUACCACAUCUGUAGAACUUACAUGCAAAUGCGGAACAACAAAUAAGAAUGUAUUCGAUUCUACUAAUCUGGUGUUCCUUAGAAAAGUUUUUUUUUAAGUUUUGUAGAAUUCUACAAAGUUGUCGGAUCCGUUUCGGUGUCUGAGCAACUGCGUACCUACCCCUCCCCUAACCGAACAGUCAACCGCUAACAAGUUAGGGGAAUGUCUAGUUAGGGAAGGGGUGGGUGUGCAGUUGCUCAGCUACUUAAUUUGUUCCAAAUUGCUUUGUGCUUUUUUUUUUUUUUUCUCAAAAAAAGGAAAGAAACUGAGUCAGUAUUUAUUUUAGAAGACAAUUUGCAUCGAUUAGUAAAUUGUGUCGCAGGUGAAUUGCUUUGGCUCUAAAAUCGUAAAUCAGAAUCCUUUAGCUCUGAUCAUUAUCAGGUCCUUUCCUGUUCUCAUAAAGAUUCAAGUAACAAUAUCAUUGUGUAAAAAUGCUUUUUAUUUUUGUAACACAUCAUGUGCUCCCAAAUGAAAGCAAAAAAUUCAGUUCAGAAUCCGAUUGAAGCAAUGGCAACGUGAAGCGGCCAGGUCGACGCCCUUUUCGGUGCACACUUUUGAGAAAGGUUUCAAAACUAUUCCAAGUUUAUCUCUCACAGUCUCUUUAAACCUUUCUCUUUGUUAACAAUGCUGGUGCACCGGCUUACUUUGGUGCGUCUUUGCCAAUUUAAUUCAUUAUUUAUUUAGGCUCUUAAAAAAAUUGAAAACGUACGACAAGUUAAUAUUGCAAAGUUCCGAAAGGCUCAGUUGUCUCAAGAACGUUGAUAGUGAUGAGGUCAGUGCGGCACGAGCAUGCGUGGUGAUGUACGAGGUAGCUAUGACGUCUUGUUGCGUUUGGUGUCGUCGGAGUUUCUGAUUUAAAUUUUCGAACAGUUGGAAUAACAUGACAAUGGCAUAAUUUUUUAUUAUUUAUUUCGUGGUAACAUACGUUGAGUGAGGGUUACAAAAUGAAUAUUGGAAAAGUCAAGGGAAAUAUUUUCGGAUUAGGGAUUUUUGGGAGGGAGGUAGAUUUUCUUGUGAGAGGUAGUACAUUUAGAAGCUAGCUAGAGCUUUGGUUUUGUUAUCAUUGUCAUCUUCAUUGUCAUUAUAAAAAUAUUUUAUCAUCAUAAGAUCCUUAUGAAUGGUUAAUAGUAUAAGCCAAGCAUAAAGUUCAUAAUCUACCUUUUAACUUCCAUGAAUGACCAAGAAAAAUGUCUCCUUACAAAAUCAAGUCAAUAUCAAGCAGGAAAGUGAUGGAAAUAGUCCUUUAUACAGUUGUGGGCUUGGUGGCCAAGCCUUUGAACAGGAGUGAGGCUAAGGGUGACCUUGUUGUGAUAGAGACCUG